AGAAGGCUUGUUGCACCUCGGGUCGGCUGCUGGGUCUUGGAUUAGGUGAAGCUAUUGGCUGAUGAACAGCAAUCACCAAAAGAAGAAAUGAGUUUAGGGGCCGCGUGCGUUUUCUUGCGAGGAGGGAAGAAUAUUACAAGACAGCUGGCUGAAGAUGAGAUUGAGGAGCUUCGGCAAGCAUUCAAUGAGUUUGAUAAAGACAAGGAUGGGCUGAUCAGCUGUAAGGACCUGGGGAAUCUGAUGAGGACGAUGGGCUACAUGCCCACGGAGAUGGAGCUGAUCGAGUUGAGCCAAAAUAUCAACAUGAACCUUGGUGGCAAAGUGGACUUUGAUGAUUUUGUAGACCUGAUGGCCCCGAAGCUUCUGGCAGAAACCUCCGGGAUGAUUGGGAUGAAGGAGCUCAAAGACGCCUUUAAAGAGUUCGAUACGGAUGGAGAUGGAGAGAUCACAACGGAGGAGCUGCGGUCGGCCAUGACCAAGCUGAUGGGAGAGCACAUGAGCCAGAAGGAGAUAGACUCAAUAGUAAAAGAAGCAGACGACAACGGAGAUGGCACAGUAGACUUUGAAGAGUUCGUCAGAAUGAUGUCCCACGAAUGA